ACUGGCAACCUGCGCUUAAUUGGCUUCGUGUAUACAGCGACGUCAGCAUCAGCAUCGCAUACAUCGAUUGCAAUCGCAGGGCGUGGGCUGUGGGCACGCGUGUAACGGACAAGCCGUUCGGGCGACGAGCCCCAGCGGAUUAAAGUAUAAUAUAAUAGGGCUUGCCUCGUGUUUAGGUCGUGGAUUGACUCCUGUUCGGGCAACUGGGUCCCUGCUCCAUGCCCAUGCCCAUGCCCAUGCCCUUGGACCGACAGUGAUCUGUUAAUCUCUCGUGUUCUCUUCCACGCAUUUGCCUCCUCUCGCGUAGCACAGGCCGUGGCUGGUCAUGCUUCUCUCCCCCGCGUCCACCGACACCUCCCUUCCAUCCGCAGGCAGCAUCUGGUCGAAGCUCACGAAGAAAGGCGGUAACAAUCGUGACGGCGACAAAGCCCUCCAGCAGGCUCAGAUGGCUCUCGCCCGCCAACGUCUCGUCACUCUCGUCUUUGGCGACAUGGAAACAGUCAGGAUGCUUCCAAAUACCUUUGCGGAAUUGGAGACUCUGGCCCGAGACUGGGUUAAACCGCCUCCCGACGCAAACUUCUCACUACGCAUACCCACCGAAUACGCCUCGUUUCAAGCCUCUCGUUUCAUCAGUGGACCUUACAUCUGGCUUACGUCCGAGGACUCGUAUCAAAUCGCUAUCUUAGGUGUGCAAGGAUCGAGAGUCGAAAUCUAUAGCGAUGCUCCGCCUCCGCCAGAUGAGCCUCCGCCACCUCCUCCACCACCAGUCCUGGAAAUGGACGGUAUCUUCAACCUCGAACUCGAAAAGAACAAAAUGGUUGGAAUCGACGUGACAGUCAGCUCAGAUGAACUCGAUAUGGCACGUAUGGAAGAUGGUACAACCGUAGCAGGUGUCUUCUGGGGAAAGCUAGACAUCGUACACGACGGCGAUACACAUAAAAUGGAAUUCAGCGGCACCCGCUUACAAGAUCAGACUUAUAACCCGGACUUGCUAGUAGACCAACGGGUACUCUCCAAGUUAACAGUCGCUGCGAAACCAGCGACAGCAAAAUGCGUGUUGAGUAUACUUGCGCCGAGUCAGCAGUAUUGUGAGGUCAACGUGACCUUCUCGCCGGCUUGGAAAAUCGGGAUGACUUGGCCUCCGGCGGAGAGUGUUACUGAGGAUAGGUUUAAGUAUUUUUUGAGAGUGCAUCCUGGUGGUGCGCUUGAACAUUUUGAGACGGAGUCCGUUGUUACGUCUAUCUAUUAUGAAGCGAUGCCGGAUGCUACGAUGUUCGACCCCAUAUCCCUCGUAUCCCCACUCAACAGCUUUUGCAUGCCUUUCCGAGACUUCGUCCCUCACCUAGCCAAAGUACUCGAAUCACUAGGCUUAACGCUUCAACUCCGAACUAACUUCAUCAACUCGCACAUGUCCGCCUUCAGCGCCCACAAACACAUAGCCUACCGAUUCAUGUCCCCAGGUCGACUCGCACGCGCAAUCGACAUCUCCGUAACACACGACCCCUGCGUCUGGACUCGAAUCUUCCUUAUGUUCCGAGGGAUAGGAGAUGAAGAGUUACCAGAGUUUGCACAGGCAGGUGAGAAAGAGGCGUUGCAGCAUAAUUGGCGGGAGGUUGUAGGGUGGAGUGAGGCGAGUAAGGACCCACAUCAGUUUAGGGUGCUUGAGGUUAGUUUGUUGGAGUGUACGUGAUAGGCUGGAAAGCUGGGUGGACGAAUGGACGAGUUGAGUGACUUAUUCGUCUAUUUGAUCUUUUGUGGGUGGGGAGAUGAUAUGGGGGAAUAAGUUUCUGUUACUUGCUUUGUUUUAUUGCCUAUCUAGCUUUCAUGCUUUACUCCUCGUCAUCUUGCCAUCUUGUCUUCUUGCUACAUCUCAUCAUGUUGUACUCACCUUUUCUUCACUGUAUAUGAUUGCCUUCUCCGAUUCUCUGCUUUUCUCUGCUGUCUUUGUUACUUGUUCCUCAUUGCUUGCCUUCCGGAAUUUCCUAGUCUUAACCAUCGUUUUUUUUCGUCUUUUUGUUGUUGCUAGUGAUACCUCCGUACACCUAAGUAAUACUAAAUUUCAGUUCUUUUGUUUGUUCUUUGUUUUUGUUUCAACGUUAAACUUUAUC